AUGCCUCCCCGCAGCAAUAUUCUACCAUGGAAAUGUUUUGGGGGAUGUCAAGAGGAAAUAUGUCCUCUAUUUUCAAUGGGUUCUCGGUUAUGCUCUUGGACAAGUUCAAGCAUGGACUUGAGCUUGACACUCGCUAAUUCUCUGCAAAUAAUUGCAAGAGAUUUGCAAAAGCAAUCUGCAAAGAAUGUAACCACAUCUUACAUGCAUAUUGUUGGCUUUGUUGAUAAAAGUAUGCAGAAAAUAUGUCGACCAACUGCCAAAGACAAACAGAAUAUUCUACACAAUGGAUUGAAACAUGUUCAUACUCUUAAAUAUAAGGCAAUCGUCACACCUGAUGGUAUAACCAGUAUUCUUCUAGGUCCUUUCAUUGGCCCUACCCGCAAUGAAAAGAAGUUUGAAGAUUCCAAGACACUGGAUCGUUUCCUCUUUCAUAUUGCCGCGUUAAGCUCAGAAAGAAAGGUUAAUCCAGCGUAUGUUCUUUACGAUAGUGAAUUUUAUAAGAAUUCCGGGCAGGUAUAUAGACCAUUUAAUCUGAGCGAGAUACAAGCGAAUUCCAUUACGAAAUGUAUUAAUAAUAAAAUGACACAUACUAGAAUACAAGUAGAAAAAAAGUUUCGUAAGAUUGGGAGAUACUUUAAAUACUGUAAAUAUUGCCAUGCUAUGAAGAUCAAGGGAAGCCCAAAACCGGUCAUGAUAUAUAUUCUAUCAACCAUCUUCAAGAAUAUGCAUACGUGCCUAAACAUUUUGGCGACUAGAUCAACUUUUUGGCUUGCUCCACCGACUAUUGAUGAGUACAUUACUGGACUCAUGCGCAAACAGCAGCCAAGAGAUACCAUCUAUGAUAUUAAUACUCUUUUGAACAACUUAUCUAGCUUAGUCUAG